ACUCAAUGAUGCACAGUGAACUAACUGCUGCCACUCAUUAUCAUACCAGAAGUCAAGAGCUUAAUGCAAUUACUGGUGGCAAUAUUGUGCGCAAAAAUUUUUGUCGUUCCCCACUAACUAAAACAGACGAAGUUGAUAAAAGUAGUUUAACUGAGGAAAAAAAUGAUCAGCUUCUUACGUCAGAGAACCUCUUAAGUAAAAAUGAUUUUAGUUUUUCUUUGAUGAACACUCCUAAAAAAAUCUGGAGUAAGGAAGAAACAAGUUCUUUAAAUUUAUUAUUUCCUGAUAAUAAAUCUCAAAAUAUAUCGUAUAACCAAGUAAAAUCAAUGCUUGCCAAAUCUCCUUCAAUUAACAGUUCACCUAGACAAGUUUAUGACAAGCUGAAAAGAAUGAAAAGAAAGUAUCUGGAAGAUAUGCCAGAAGAAUCAAAGGUCAAGAAAAAUUUGCAGUUUGAACGCAAAACUUGGUCUUCUGAACAGAUAAAUGAGUUAAAAGUUAAUGGAAAAGAAUUAAUUUUGGGAGGACCUUUAUCACGAAGCCGAAUUUUAAGUGUUCUAAAAAACUCUAAAUUAUUAAAAGAUUUCACCAUCACACAGUUGAGAACACGAAUUAAUCAUGAACGAAAUUAAACUUAGCUGUUUCUUGACUAUAACUUAUAAAUAAACAGUUAUUAUUUUUUUAUUUUUAAGUAUUUAAAUAAACAUUCCAGCUUUGUUAUUUCUUAUAUUAGGUUCCUUUUUUCAAUAUUAAGCUUAACUUUUAUGAUUACUAACGUGUGGCUUGGGAAUGUUUCCAUAAGGCCAUUUCCUUAUUUAAAUACACCACUAUGGAGAAAUAGUUGAAUCAGUUUUUACAACCAGAUGUCUUUCAUGGCAUUAACCUGUUAUGAUGAUCAGGACUAAGUAUUUUUAAUGUGAUACACUAGGUAUAUUAUCAUACAAGGUUUGCAAGUUCCUCCAACUUUUCCCCACAAAUAAAUCAAGGGGUUUUAUAUCAUAGCUUUCUUUGUCCUAGAAAAGUUGUCUUUGCCACAGUUAAAGAGCUUUACCUGCCAUAAUCAAGUAUCAGUUUAACUUCAUUACCAGAACAAGGAUUGAUUCAUAUAUAUUAAAUGUUAUCUUGCUUACAUUCAAUCACUAACAAUAUGAUAAAAUUUGAAAAAGUAGUUUUUACAAAAAUGGGCAGAAUUUUUAAAUCAUCAUAAAUAGAGACAAUUUAAACUUAGAUUAAGGUUUAUUACUCUGUUAAUUUGAAACUAAUGACAAAUUCUCUUAAAUUAUUUCAAUCGAAAAAGAUAAUUUUCUAAAAAAAAGGAACACAUGAUAAAAGUGAAUAAGAAUGAUUAUUAUGAAUAUGAAUAAGGACUUUUUAUGAUGUCACUAACAAAAAUUAAACCUAAAAUAUAAUAGCACUGUUAUUUUUACCUUUUUUAUUAUGACUGAUAAUAAUUAUUAAUUUAAUACUGAUUAAGAUUUUAUAAAAACAAAUUAAAAAUCUAAGGAGAGCUCUUAAAUUCAGUGUUAUCCCUUGGACAUCUUUUUAACACACAUUUAAGAUUAAUUUUUAAAUUAAUCUUAAAUGUGUUAAUCUUAAAUCUUUUAAAUUAAAUUUUAAAUAACUACAAGCAAUCUCUCACAGUAAAUGACAAUACAGUUACAGUUGCAGACAACGUCUUACAGUCUUACAGUUAAUGACAACCAAUAGAGUAAAGUUUUUACUGUCAAUUGAAAACAACGUUUAAAAUGCCAACUCAAUCUAGUUAGUGUGUAAAAUAGUUGUAUUUAUUCAUAUUAUAUAAUAUAAACUAUUGGUGCCACCAGUUAGUGCUAGUGAAUAUUUUAAUAUUGUUGUAUUUCUAUUACAACAAAAUAAUAAACUUAAAUGAUGUACUCUUUUUUUUUGCAGUUGAAACCAAUGAAAGUUUCUUUCAGAAAUUAAUGGCAGUGAAGUGGUACCUACAGUUGCAGCUCAAAAUAAGUAGGUUUGAAACUGUCUUUGUGUUGAUUGUGUUCUUUCUUUUAAUAUUUUCUUUACUUGAUAAAAUUAGUAAACUUUGGCCAAAUUUAAUUAGUAAUUUAGUAAUUUGCCUUUCAUUUUUGUUUUUCAGUUCUACUUAUAGAGCAAUACGUGGUAUAGAUACAAAGACGUGGUAUUAAAAAAUGCUACAGUUAAAAAAAAUCGUUUUACGAUUUUUUUGAGGUAAUUGUGAGCCUAAGGCUGAUGAUAAAUAGUACAUCUGGCUCCGUAUAUAUGUAUACACACAAACACACACAAGCUAUUUACAAAUCGAUAUUUCUAUAUUUAGGGUAAACUUUAGGCAAAGAAUGCGAGGAACUGUUAAACUGUUAUGAACAUAUUAUGCACUAUACCAUAUCAUGCACUACACGUGGCGCUCAGUUUACUCGACGAUCCAACUUAACAGGAUAUUAUCCAUUUUUCUAAUAUAUAUACAUAGAUGCAAAGUAUUCAAAAUGAUUAUAUUGUUAUUUAUAUAUUUAGGAUACAUUUAAACUAAAGACUAUGAAGAGCUGUAAAACUGCUAUUGGCAACAGUUGAUAAUACUAGACGCAUGUGUUAGUAAGUAAUUUGAAUCUCUGGUUGGAAUUCUUUUAAAUGCUUUUAUGCUUUUUACCCAUUGUUGCUGUGGAAAAGCUCAAUACCAAAGAUUUAAUAAAGGCAGAGUUAGGCAGGGUCGAAGGAUAUUUUUCGAACUAAUAAUCCAUUGUAGUGAAAAACGAACUAGUUCAAUCUUUUAAAAAAAAAAAGUUUUUUAGAUCAUAAUCGUCUUUGAAGUAAAAAAGUAAACAUGCCCAGUGGGCACAAGAAGCGUUUUAAACGUCUAAAUCACGUAUUAAAACGUUUUAAUACAUAUUCUAGACGUUUAAAACACGUCUCGUGCCCAUUGGGUGAUUUGAAGUAAAUUUCCAUUUGUUUUAUUUUUUUCAAGAAAAAAAAUUUGAAACUAAA